GGGCCUCGCCACACCAAUGUUGAAACAUCACGAAAUUCUACAUAUGUCAGGAGAUUUUCGACAUUCCCUCUUUCGACAGAAAACCCCUCUUCGCCACACCGCAUGUCCAAGUGGAGAACUCACGAGUCGUAUGCACAAAAGAGACAAACUGGGGCGAAGAUAGGACAGGCGUUGAACAAUUAUAAUCAACGGUAUUCAAAGCCAUGGUCGGGAGGAUACCGACGCCAAGAGCGUAAUGAGGAGGACAAGUUUGACAAGAUCUAUAGUCUGCUUUCGGAGCAGGUGGAGGAACGCGAGUUACGGAAGCGUGAAGCAGCUAAGCAGGAGCUGCUGGAGGAGGAAAAGAUGAAGUUACGAGCAGAGGAGGAGAAAAGGCUUGCAACUUUGAAGGAGCAGGAGGAGCAGGAGGCAAGGCUGGGGAGGAUCGUUCGAACGAGUGUCAAGGCAGUUUGUGAGUCUGCCCUUGGCAGGAAGGUUGAGAUUCCGGAUGACGAUGCAAGUACUAUUAGCAAGCUGCAGAAGGAACUUAAUGAGCUACGGGAAAAGACUGCGGCAGGCUCGGGGGAUUCACGCAUAGAAGCCCUCCGGAAAGAGAAGGAGGCUCUAAUGAAGAUCAGGAAUCAAGAGAGUGAGGAGGACAGGCUGCAGCAGGAGAUUGCCGAGCUUAAAGACCAGAAAGGGAAGGACAAAGCAGAUGUCAGCAAGCAGGAUGAGAUAGCAGCGCUGCAUCUACAAAUUAAGGAGUUGAGCUCCUUUUGUGCUGUUCUUGAGGAGAAGAGUGCCGAGGUUUCCACCCUUAAAACGGAGAACGGGCACCUCAGGAAAGAUCUCCAUCAACUGCGGGAUGAGUUCGAGUGCAUGCGGGAGAAGCGAGGAUCGGGUGAGGUCACGUUGAAGAGUCCACCGGAGGAACCAGCGAAGGGAAAGCAACGAGUCGAUCCGAGCACCACAGCCAUGUAUACUCCUCGUGACAUGGAGGCCCUCCAGAAAGCAUACAAGGAUGCAUUGCGUCACAAGGAGAUGGCAGCAAAGGAGGUAGACUUUAUGCAGGAUAGGAUGGCUCGGAUGGGGGCGACGAGUGUCCGUAUUCGUGCUCGCAAAGCAUCGGCGAGGAAGACUACACCGCGGGAUCUGAAAGGGUCCUUCGAAACUGUCGAAGUGGAGUCUGAUGGUGAGGGAGCGGGUAGAGGAAACGGGGAAGGCACUGCUCGCAAGGAAACUAAUGCAGCUCAAGAUCGGCAAGUGGAGAAGAUGGCGAAAUUUAGGGAUAUACAUCUGAAGGAGCUUCGGCAGGCUAAGAAGGCUGACAUGGAAAAAGCCUGUGAAGAUGAAGGGAUAAGCUACAUUAAGCUUGAACAAGCAAAGGCUGAUGUAGCGGAGAUACGUGCUAGCAGGGACUUCGAUGCAUGGCUCAAGGAGGCGGAUCAGGCUGUGGAGGAUCAGGAUUAUGCCACAUCCACAGAGGACGUUCCCGACGAGUGAGGACACUCCCUGGGCGCAUCACAACUUAGGGAGCUGACCCUCUU